GUAUACGCCCAGAGUGAGUCAGGCCAGGGGCCGACAGUUAACGCGAGUGAACUGCUUCCUUCUUGUGCUCUAACAGCCGCAGUGACUCGGCGAGAAGCCGCAUUGGAGGCGUCCUCGUUUUUUCGGUGUCCUGCCGUUACCCGCUUCUCAUCGUGAAGCUUACCUCGCCCGCCCUCCUCCAUGGCGCUGAAGAGAAUACAGAAAGAACUUAAUGAUUUGCAACGCGAUCCUCCCGCCCAGUGUUCAGCAGGACCGGUGGGAGAUGACUUGUUCCAUUGGCAAGCCACUAUUAUGGGGCCUACUGACAGUCCAUACCAAGGAGGUGUCUUCUUCCUCACCAUCCACUUUCCGACAGAUUAUCCUUUCAAACCACCAAAGGUUGCGUUCACAACAAAAAUAUAUCACCCAAACAUUAACAGCAAUGGUAGUAUUUGUCUGGAUAUCUUGAGGUCUCAAUGGUCUCCAGCACUGACUGUGUCAAAAGUGUUGUUGUCCAUAUGCUCCUUACUUUGUGAUCCAAAUCCAGAUGAUCCUUUAGUACCAGAUAUUGCACAAAUCUACAAGUCAGACAAAGAAAAAUACAACAGACUAGCAAGAGAAUGGACUCAGAAAUAUGCAAUGUAAAUUUGUGAAGAUAUAAUUUCGUAUAAUCCAGUGUACUGUAAAUUCUAGGUUUUUCAAAAUAGAGGAAACCGCGCACAGUUUACUGUUCCCGAGUCCUUCAGAUCUUUUGAUUUUUAGACCCUUAAAAACUUCUUGGAAGAAAAUGAAAUUCCAAAACUUAAGAUGAAAUUAUGUAUUUUUGUUUUUUUCUUUUUGGUUUCUGUGUGCUCUGCAAAAGACAUUUUGAUGUGGUUUUUAAGAUACCUGAACCUUCUGCAUCUUCUGUUGAUAAAACCCAUAUUUCAGGUUUAAGGCAACCAAACUUUUCUGCAUUUUUAUUUUAAUUUGAGCAAAACUGCAUAAUUGUAACAGCAUUUUUUUUUUGUAAAUCUAUUCAGAUUUAUUUCUGUUAGCUCACUAUUUAAUUUGUAUUUUUUUACUGUAUAGACUAAAUAUAUUUUAUUUACCUUUUUUGUAAGUAAACGCAUUUUAGCCUUUUUUUUUUUUCUCCCCCCCACUCUUGUACACAGUAUUGGCAGGAUACGACUACUUUUUAUUUAGAACCAUGCUUCAGAUUAUUACUUAAAUCAAUUGCAGAUUUCUUAAAAACUAAAAUGAUCUUUGCACUGUCAUCCUUCAAAGCUAAUUAUGGAAAAAGUUGUCUGAUUUUGUUGCAUACUUGACACCGGUUUAUUGCAAUGUGAAUUAAUUGCACUGCUAAUUUAGAAAUACGUAUCUGUAUUUUUAUUUUUGUUCGUUUUGCUUCACUAUUUUGUUUUUUUCUAAUCUUUGUUUUUCAUAUGGGCAAUAUAAACUCACAAACCUUUUACAAAUCUUACCGUAGCUUUUUUCCAUACAAAUAAAAUGCAUUUUCUACUA